CACAUUACAGUGCAAAUGCAGCAAUCACAUUCCUCAUCACCGCAAUCGCAGCCGAAGCAAGGCUUGGACACCGUCUUGAUGGGUUUCUUGAUGGAAGAGCCUGAGCUGGAGGAUGGAAGGAUAAAGUUGACAGGAGAGGAGAUGGAGGAUGCUGCCAUGGCGAAAUUC